UGUUUGUGUUUUAUUUUUAUUUUAUUUUUUUUUUUUUUACAGAUUAGAAGAAAUAUGAAUCAAGGUAACCAAACCACCAUCUCUGAAUUUAUCCUGCUGGGUCUCUCCAACAACACUGAGAAGCAGAAACUCAUAUUUGUGAUUUUCCUGACUAUGUACCUUGUCUCUGUGCUUGGAAACAGCCUCAUCAUUCUUGCCAUUGGCGUAGAUAUACAUCUCCACACACCCAUGUAUCUCUUUCUUGCCAACCUAUCCUUUGCUGAUAUUUCCUCCUCUUCCACCUCAGUUCCCAAAAUGCUGAUAAAUAUUCAGACUAAGAGUCAAUCCAUCUCCUAUGAGGGCUGCAUCACACAGAUGUAUUUUUCUAUUGUGUUUGUUGUCAUUGACAAUUUUCUCUUAGGGGUCAUGGCUUAUGAUAGACUUGUGGCUAUCUGCCACCCUCUCAAUUAUGCAAAUAUCAUGCAUCCUAGGUUCUGUCUUCUGCUCACUGUCUGUCCAUGGGUUCUAAGCAAUAUUGUUGCUCUGACACAUACUCUUCUGGCCAAUCAAUUGGUUUUUUGCAACCACAACACCAUCCAACACUUCUUCUGUGACUUGGCCCCUCUGCUCAAACUCUCCUGCUCAGAUGCAAUGAUCAAUGAACUUAUGAAGUUUAUUGUGGGUUUAUCAGUCAUCACCUUUCCCUUUGCCCUUAUCCUCUUCUCCUACGUCUGCAUCAUCAGGGAUGUACUGAGAAUUGCAUCCAUAGAGGGGAAAUGGAAGGCUUUCUCUACCUGUGGUUCUCACCUGACAGUUGUAUUCCUCUUUUAUGGGACCAUUGUAGGGGUUUAUUUUUUCCCUUCAUCCACUCACCCAGAGGACACAGACAAGAUUGGUGCAGUACUCUUCACUGUAGUGACACCCAUGCUGAACCCCUUCAUCUAUACCCUGAGGAAUAAAGACAUGAAAGGUGCCUUGAGAAAGCUCAUCAAUAAAAGACAUUUUCAUCCUUUGAUGUCAUGAGCCUCUGAACUUUGAUCUGCAUAACUAGAUGAAU